UUUUUUUCAUUUUGGAUUCUUUUAGCUUUCCUUUUCAUUAAAAAAUCAUUUAAAACGUUUUCUCACAACGAUCUUUGUAAAUAACGGUUAUUUUUAAGCGCACCGAAUGUCGCAAUUAACCUUGCGCAAGUCAUUUUUCGAAAGCCUAUGGCCAUUAAUACUCUCCGACAAUGUUUGCGAUACGCAUUUAAAGCACAGGUGCUCUUAUUAUUAUCCAGACACAUUUUUCGGCAAUAUCUGGCUGCAUGGCUACCUCGCGGAACGCGGUUUCAAAAAUUAUCAACCACCAACAGUGAUUCGUUGCUGCUUCGACGAAGGCAAAGGCAAGCUAUUGCUGUGUGAGUCGUCCGAGGACAAUGCCACUGACUUGGAAAGGUCCAAGAAACCAAGUGGCAUAAAGGCAGAUGAGCUUUCCAACCAAUCGCAGGACGAGGAGGACACAUUGUAUAGCUACAAGAAAUUAAAUAUCCCUGUGCCUUUGGAACAACAAAUUGCGACGUUUAACAACUCGUUCGAUACGCGGCGCAAGCUGGCGCAUAGUUUCAUCAAUCGCCAGUACCCUUGGUAUAUGCAAUGGCCUGAAUACCUGACGCCCUAUAAGCUUACCGAUGUGGCGCGACAAGAUUUCAAUAGCAAGCUCAAACAGGCUAUCAUACAGGAUAUGAUUACCUUCAACUGCAAGUUAAUGAUAAUCGAUUUGGCCAAGCAGGUGUGUCUGCAUGUGUUGUUCGAUUGGUUAAAUUUCACGCGCUUUGCUUUUGUUAUUGUGCUGGCGCGUAGCGAGGAUGCUGUAAAGCAGAUCAAAUUGAUGGGACAAAACUUGAGCGCCGUGAUGGUGGUGGAAAAUAUGGAAUUUUCAUGGCAUGAGCAAUUGACAGAGUCGUUGCGCGUAGGUGUGACGCAUGCCACAGCACUUGGGGUUUUCGAAAACUGUGCAAAACCGUUUAUAUACGUUUUCGGACGUAAACGGCACUGUUGCAAAUUAAAUGUGCAUCGUGUGCUGCGAAAGACUAAUUAGAUCGGUUGAAAUAUGAACGUUGAGUGCCAAAUUGUGUUAAUUCAUAGAAAAUAUAUAUUUUAUUUCUAAACGUAAUAAUAGAUAAUUUGCUAUACAGACGUAUUUGGACCGUAUUGUUGCAAGGAAAUCAAAUUAUUUUCAGUAUUAAUGUAUUUUGAAACACACCUUUAAAAUUAUUGUUUACAAAAAAUAAUAAACAUGCCAAACUAACUCGAACUCUACAAAAAUGAUUUGUUGAAGUUGAAAUGUCAAAAAUGUUUG